CCUGAUUGACGUGAGUGGGAACUGCGGGUGAGGUUCGGCUGAAGUCCUGGCUCGUUGCGGCCUCUGCACUCUCCGUCAUGCGGUCGUCUCUACUCGCUGAGCGUCUGGCCAUGACAGCCAUGCGCCGAACCCUGGUCAAGCUACUUUCCAGGCGGGCCGCCCCUAGCCUUUGAAUGGAGGAGGAGAUUCGUCGGAUAUGAGGAAGGUACAUAAAAACCUGCCCUCGACGGUGCUCUACGAUAAGUCCCCCGUCCACUAUGGUCCUACUUCAUUCCAUUCUCGCCGCGCUCUUCAUCCCCCUCGUUGCUGCCCACUACAAAUUCCCUGACCUGAUCGUCGAUGGCGUGCAGAGCGCCGAUUGGGAGUACGUCCGCCUCACCUGGAAUCACUACACUAGUGAGCCGGCCACAGACGUGACGGCCGAUGCGAUCCGCUGCUACGAGCUGGACGACACGAUCGCUGGUCAGACAGGGAUCGCGACGGUAUCCGCGGGAUCGAUCGUCGGCUUUCACGCAGACAACACCAUGGGCCAUCCCGGCUACUUCUCGGCGUACUUGACGCCUGCUGACCCCAGCGCCGACUCCAACGAAGCCGGGCUUGGUGAGACCUGGUUCAAGAUCUGGGAAUGGUCGCCGUCCUUUUCUCCCGACACUGGCCUUGUCUUCGACUCUGAGAAUAUCGUGGACUUCAACUUCACCAUUCCGAAGUCGGUUCCUAGCGGACAAUACCUUCUGAGGGGAGAGCAGAUUGCCCUGCACGCCGCUGGGACCGAGGGCGGAGCUCAGUUCUACAUCGCCUGCGCCCAGUUGAACAUCGAGAAUGGCGGGAACGGCACGCCAUCGCCCACCGUAUCUUUCCCGGGCGCCUACAGCCCUACGGAUCCGGGGAUCCUCAUCAACAUCUACGCCCUCCCUGAUGGGUACAGCGGCUAUGAAGCUCCUGGUCCUGCUGUCUGGAGCGGUUGAAUGGGGUGGGGUGGAAAGAUCCUGAGAUCAGCCUUCGCUUCAUUGCUGCUAUGUAUCAAUUGAAUUACCCCUAUAACGUCCACCACACCUGCUCUGUACACACCAAAAAUCCUUUGCUGUGAGGCAUCAGCGUUCAUUGUUCCAAAUCGGUAUGUCCACAGGACCUUUUCUGCGGAAA